AUGUUUAUGAAGGAGGAUUUACCCGAAGUGAUUUUAUUAGUGAUUUAUGAAUUGAUUUCUAUGGUGGAUGAACGCUUUAGGGGUUUGGGAUAUGAAUUGGAGGCCAUUCGACCAUGUGCCCAUGAGAUUGCCAUCAUGGAGUUUGAUGCCUUCGGGGAUCCACGAUUCAUAGAGAAAAUGGAUCCUAUUGUCAGUGUUCAUUGGAUCACCGAUGUAGAGAGUGCCUUCCUCGCCAACAUUUGUCCACCGGAGGCCAAGAUUAACUUUUCAGCAUGCCUACUGCGAGAUGGAUUGACGGAUUGGUGGCGUGUGGUUUGUCGAGUCCUCGAACCAGAUGCAGAUGAGUCUAUAACCUGGGAGGAUUUUAUUUCCCGAUUUAGGAAAGAGUUUGGGCCAAUAAUUGAGGUUUAG